ACACAAAAUUACACAACAAACCUCACUGCAAAUUCCAAUCCUUUUCACUCUCUCACUUUUUAAUUUCACCAUCAAAAUGGAUCGUACCAGCGGCCACCGGAAAACUCUCCGGCAUUCAAACAAACACAUCUCCUCCGUUCUAUUCCUUUACCUCACCUUAAACUCAAUCAUCACCUUCGUCGGUGCUUCAAUUCACGACUACCAAAAUGAAACCUUUAUCCGUCGUGCCAAUUCAUUCUUCUUUCAUGGUGGUAGUGAAGGUCUUUAUGCUUCUAAACCUAAUUCGCUUAAUCACUCUUUACAUUCCGAAGAUACCUUACCCACUGGUAAAUCAUUCAUCAGGUUUGAGUCUAUCACCUUUCGAAGAACGAAAGAAUCAGCUCAAAAGGCAAGUGCGAUGCAGCAACAGACAGGGUUGGUUGAAGCUAUAAUCAUUAAGGUGAAAGAUAGGAAUAACAUUGGGGGUGUUUCUUUGAACUCUGAUGCUAUAUGCUGCACCCCAGAGCUUGCUAAAGAAGGUUCUUGUAAGUUAGGGGAGGUUAUCAUCCUUGAGAACCCUGAUGACCCGAAUGGGCCAAAACGCUUGCAGACGUUUUUCGAAGGGCAGAGUGAAGAGACUAACAUGGUUAUUCAAACUGUUGACAUAAAUAGUACUGGAAUGUAUUAUUUGUAUUUCAUGUUUUGUGAUCCUCAACUGAAGGACACGGUGAUUUCCGGAAGAACUGUUUGGAGAAAUCCGGAUGGUUAUCUACCGGGGAAGAUGAUGCCAUUGAUGACAUUUUAUGGUUUGAUGUCUUUAGCUUACCUUUUUCUUGGUCUGGUUUGGUUUCUCUGGUUCGUACAGUAUUGGAAAGAUGUGAUACAGUUGCAUUACCACAUCACUGCUGUUAUAGGCCUCGGCAUGUGUGAAAUGGCCCUGUGGUAUUUUGAGUAUGCGAAUUUCAAUUCAACGGGAAGCAGGCCAAUGGUAAUUACAUUAUGGGCAGUGACAUUCACAGCUGUCAAGAAGACGGUGUCGAGGCUUCUUCUUUUGGUUGUUUCCAUGGGUUAUGGAGUUGUCCGCCCAACGCUUGGUGGUCUAACCUCAAGAGUCCUUCUUCUUGGGGUGGUGUAUUUUGUGGCCUCAGAAGCACUUGAGUUGGUUGAACAUCUCGGUAAUAUUAACGACUUCUCUGGAAAAGCAAGGCUUUUCUUAGUGCUACCUGUGGCUCUGUUGGAUGCUUGCUUUAUUCUUUGGAUCUUUCAAUCAUUAUCUAAAACCCUGGAGAAGCUUCAGAUUCGGAAAAGUACAGGAAAACUUGAGUUGUACAGGAACUUUACAAAUUCUCUUGCACUGACAGUGCUGCUUUCAGUAAUAUGGAUUGGCUAUGAGCUGUACUUCAAUGCGUCUGACCCUUUAGGUGAACUGUGGCGAAGAGCUUGGGUCAUCCCAGCUUUCUGGACUUUGCUUGCUUAUGCCCUCCUGAUAGUGAUCUGCAUUCUCUGGGCCCCAUCUCGAAAUCCAACCAGGUAUGCGUACUCAGAAGAGACAGGGGAUGACUUUGAUGAGGAAGCUAUCACAGUUGUUGGAAGUGGAGUUAAGGUGUCUGGAGAAAUGGCUACCAUGCUAGAAAGAAAGGACAGAAAGGCAUCAUCUACAUCACUGUCUACCGAUCAUCAUGUAUUUGGAGUUGUCGAAGAUCGAGAGGAAGACAAGAGGGAGUGAUUGGGUCUCACAGCUUCUUUAUUCUGUUAUCUCAGAAAUCUUGCAAGUUUUGCCUCAUUGCUUUGUCUCUUUUUAUUCACUUGGGAAGUGCUUAAAAGAAGUCAACAUGGAGAAGCAACAAGGGAGAGGGAAAUAGGGUAUGUUAAAGAUCAUUUUUCAAUGGCCAUUCAGCUUCUAAAUUUUGAGGUGAUUUUGUGAGCUUUUCAGGGUUAGUGUUCUGUGGAUAGCAACCAAAAUCUAUUUGGUUGUGCUUGGUAAGGUUGAUAGAAUUCCAUGCCUAGUAAUAUUGUCCUUGUAACUAGUUAGUUACCUCAACAAUCAACAUGGUUCAAGUAACUUUGACCUUUGUUUUGUUUACCCUUUUAUAUGCUCAAUUGGGCAUUGUUAAAGAAAUACAAGAAGGAAAGAAAAUAUUAUCAAGUCUUUAUGUA